GAUCUAUUAUUUCCUUUAAUUUUUAAAUGAAACUGUAUAGGAAACAGUGACCAAUUUGAGAGAUCGACGAACUGAUCAUCGUAGGUGGCGUUCAAACGCAAUAACGAAUUUGAAACAGCUGAUAGUAUCUAACAACGUAAUUUAAAUCGGGCAUAUAUUUAUGUUCACGUCCGGUAAUUUGAUCGAAGGUUACUGAUAUAUUACUAUUUUUAAAUUUUGCUGCAACAUGUUGUAGACAAUUGUGUUGUAGUAAAUAAAGUGUUGCACUUCUUUUGGUUAAGUGGUGCGAAUUAUUCGUAUUUAUUAAUUUUUUUACAAUGAAUCUUCCAAAUAAAAUUUUAUAGUAACAUCUUUUGGUGUUCAUUGUGACUUAAGAAUUCACGACAUCCAUUUAAAAUUAAGGAAUUGAAAAACCAAUUUCUUUUUUGUUUUAAGAGUUCCUGAGAGUACUAUUCAUAUACACAUGAAAAAUUUGUUUCCUACAUAUUGUUAAGCUAAUAUAUACUGUUAAAAAUGAAUGACUCUUUCCUAGAAGAUUUAGAAUUAGUAUCAGCUGAUGUUAAAACUGUGAAUGCUUAUCCUGUUGAUCGGCAUGUAACAACAAGAACUGCAACGUCUUCCCCAUUACACUCAGCACAGAAUAAAGGGGAAAAUGUGCACCAUAGAAAUGAACCACUUGCUCUUGAGAAGCAACAAUCUGGUAAGGAGUUAAAUGUUAAAGAUUGUAGAAAGUUGUCUGAAUUGGAUACAAGAAAGCAUCAGACAAAGAUAAAAGUGUCUGAAAGGAAGGAAAGACCUGUUGAAGGCAAAUUAAAACCAAUUGAGAACAGAGUAAAAAGUGAUGCUAAAGAACAUGAAGUUAAAGACGAUGUUAAGACAAAGUUGAGGGAAACAAGAGUUAAAAUUUCUGAAAAUAAAAUUGUUGGUAAAGACCGAACUAGGCGUUCUGGUAGUUGUAAAGAAAACAAUCAGAUGCCAGAUGCAUCUGUUAAAGAAAACAAUCGGCCUGAUUAUUCUAAAGAAAGCACUUCUCAAACAGAAGUUACUAAAGAGAAAGGAAAGAGUUAUGAUGCCCCAAAGAGGCCAGAUUUUAAAGAAAGCGAUCCUGUUGCUUUUCUUAAUGCUAUUAAGGACAUAGUAAGUCUCUGCACCAAACAGGAAAGUACAAAAAUUUUAAGAGCAAUGCAAGAAUUACAUUUUAAUUCUCAAGCGAAUCUCAUCAAGCAUUUACUGUCUCAAACAGAAGACAUUGUCAGUGAAAUACAUCCUAGCAAAGAUUCAACCAGAGUACGUAGUUUGAUUGAACAAAAUGAGAGACUACAAGAGGAUAUUGCUAUCUUGCAAAAGCGGAAUGAAGAGUUACAGAAGAAGUUGGAAGAGUUUGAAUUUAUCAAGCAAGAAAAUAUUGCUUUAAAACUGAAAUAUAAAGAAUUGUCCAAACAAUAGCAAAAAUGUAUAUUGCUGUGAUUCUAGGUGCUUAGAAUUUGUUGAUGAACAUGUAUCCAUUCCAUUCCACUGUUACACUUUGAUUAACAUUAAUUAUUAAUAUAUUAUAUGUUUAUGUAUUUAUGAUACACUAACGCGAGGAGAAUAUAAAGAUCUGUAUUUUGUGAAAUUCAGGUUUUAUGUAUACUUUGCAAACUUUAAUGCAUCAUAAAUGUGUAAACAUUCACGAUUUAGUUGUUAACAUUAAGUAUGGAAAUCUAAUACAGUCUUGUAUAAUUUGUAAAAUAUAACGGGUGUUAAAAAUUUACGAAAUUAAACGUAAUUCGAUCACGUAUGUAUCACGCCUAUCGUUAGUCGCGAUAAAAAAUAGCUGUCUCAAUCGUGGGAUUUCCUUGUUCUUGAAAUACAUUUAUUUAUAUCAGGCGACAGCAAACAAACAGUUGAUGGAAAUUAUUUAAUGAAUUUCAAUUGAAAUUACGACGAGAUAAGGCAAUUUACUUGAUUAGAACAAGCUGAUUGUUACUUAAACGUAAGGUUUAAUUAAUUGGAUUAUAAUCAUGUCUCGUUAGAUCUGUCAGAAAUAUGUUGAUAGACGUCUGAAAAGUUCGACGAUCUCUCCGUUAUCGUUGAAAAUGAUACAAGAAUUGCCUUUCCGUUCUUACUUAUUGAUAAUAACUGAUAUCAUAGCGAGAGAUAAUUGUUCACGCGUGUUUUAACUCUACUACGUUUUCACAAUUCAUAUCUAAAGAAAAGCGAUGAUAUAUACGUUAACGUUAAUAAAAUGCUAUAUUUUUUAACUUUUUACCAAUAUGUACUUCUAACUCGUAAAGAGGUUUGAAGAGUUAACAUUUGGAUACAUAUAUUAGUCCUCCUUAAAAUGAGCUUCAUAUAAUAUUUUGUUACGCGUUAAUUUAAGAACGAUAUAUUCAUGGAAUUGAAUGGUAACAACUGGUGUACCUUUUUCUGUAAAAGAAAAAAAAAAUGGCCAAUAAAGCAGUUUAUAUUUAAAAGAGUAACUUACGUCUUCCCCUGAAAAAAAUUAAUCUGGGAAUGAAAAUUACUCGAUGUCCAUUCGAAACAUGAUUUAUAUUUGAAGAUAUCUUUAAAAGGCAUAUCAAGGCGACAUGAUACAAUGUUUCGACGAAAACGCGCAUCGUAUAAUAUAUAUUUACAAACAAUGAUAGUCAUCGUGAAAUCUUCACUUCGGACAUAAAUAAUAUAUAAAAUACGCUCAAGGCUUGACCCAAUCGGCCAUAUUUGCUAUUCGUGAAUGAUAAUGAUGUGUACUAAUGAUUAGAAAAAGGUAUAAAAAGGAACGAAAAAUAUUGCUAACGGCAGUUUUCAGCAAACAUGUUUAUCGGGUACAAAUGCAAUCUGAAAUGGAAUUAUGCUCGAAACGUGCAUGGAUUUCGGUGUGGACGUAAAGUAUAAAUAAAUUA